AUGAGGAAGAAAACUAAGAAAAUUAUAAGCACCCUGCAAUUAGAGGUCAUAGUAGACAAUACGUCAGAUUUAUCUGAUCUUGACUCAGAUGAUGACGCGUAUUAUCAGACGGCACCUGUAAGCAGUCCAGCAGAUGAUCUAAAUCUUCCUGAAGAUGCCAUUAUUGAAAGUCAACUUGAAAAAAUGUUUGGUGAUUCUGCAAUCGUAAACGAAACAAUUGAUGAUCAAGAAAGUUAUUCAGUGAGUUCCUUGAUGAAUAUUUUAGAUACAGAACAAUUAUCUGACGAUCCACCAAUACAGGUUACAAAUGAAUAUAUGUCACAGGAAAAAUCUGGCGAUCCACCAAUACAGCAAUCAAUCGAUGAAUGCAUGGUUAAAUUUAAAGGCCGAUCAAGCCUUAAGCAGUAUAUGCCAAAGAAAGCAAUCAAACGUGGGUUUAAGGUUUGGGCACGUUGUGAUGCAAAAACGGGCUACCUUUAUAAAUUUGAAGUGUACACCGGUAAAUGUGACAGCAUAGAAGAAGAAGGUCUGGGAUAUAAUGUCGUGAAUAAACUCUCGCUUGACUUGCCUGAAAAUACGCUUCUAGCGUGGAGUUUUGGUCUCUUUCGUAAAGGAUAUAAGCAAGGUCUUACCAUAGAAGAUCUGUUUCAAGCGCGUGAUGGCGAUCACUCAGGGCGACUCGGCGAUCGCUUGGAAGAGGCGUGGCAAAAAGAACUUGAUAACGCUCGUCGCAAAGACUCAAAACCUUCACUUACGAAAGCUAUAAUAAGGUCCUUUUGGCUUGAAUAUAUGUUAUGUGGAUUGUUGACUGGAAUAUUAUUUAUUAUUUUAUGGCCGUUAAUUCCUUUCACGCUGGCAUUAUUUAUUAGAUAUUUUUCCGAUGAAAAGACUGCAGAAAAUUACAGAAAUGCUCAUAUUUAUAAUUUUCUUAUGAAUUUCUUAAGCAUUUCAACAUCCCUUAUGUUGAAUCAUACACAAUUAGCUCAAAGUUGCGUUGGUAUGAGAGUAAGGAUUGCUUGCUGCUCUUUACUGUAUAGAAAGAUAUUGAAACUCAAUUGUUCUGGUCUGGGUAAAACUGAGCCGGGACAGGUGAUAAAUUUAAUGUCGAACGAUGUUAACCGCUUUGAUAUAGCAUCUUUAUUUUUGCACUAUUUAUGGAUUAUGCCGAUCGUGGUACCAGUAGUAUCGUAUCUCGUGUGGCAGCACGUUGGCCUGGCGACACUAGCAGCGCUUGCCGUUAUAUUUUUGCAGACUGUUGUGGUUCAAGCAUACCUAAGUAACCUUCAAGGCAAAUUCAGAGGCAAGAUUGCUACACGAACUGAUGAAAGAGUUAAAGUGAUGAGUGAACUCGUAAACGGAGUCCAAGUCAUAAAGAUGUACGCUUGGGAGAAACCUUUUGAGAAGUUGGUGGAUAAACUGAGAAGGUGGGAAGUGAGAUACAUCUUGAAGACUUCUUUUAUUAAAGGCUUCUCGACUGCUUUGAGCGUGUUCACGGAGCGCUUCAUCCUAUUCGCGGCAAUCGUAGCAUUCGUCUUGUUGGGUGGUAAUAUACGAGCCGAAAUAACGUUUUCUCUAGCGCAAUACUUCAAUCUUUUGCAACUUGCCUGCAACAUAUGUUUCCCAAUGGCUCUAGCAAAUUUGGCGGAAUCAUUGGUCUCCGUGCGAAGAUUAGAGGAAUUCCUCUUUUUGGAUGAACUAAAAUCAUUUAAAGCUAAGGAACUUUCCUCUAAUUCUAAAGACCCUAUUACUAAUGGCGUGGGUAAAGAAAAACAAUCGGAGAAGGACAAACCAAAUCCAACAGGAUUGACACUGACCAACAUUAGUGCCAGUUGGUCGCCGAACCAUAUCGUAGAGACUUUGAGAAAUAUAACGUUGAAUGUAAAACCCGGAGAGUUUGUAGGUGUCGCCGGACUUGUUGGAUCAGGAAAGUCAAGCCUAUUGCAACUAAUUCUGGGUGAGUUAGAACCAUCGCACGGGACCGUCUCUUUAGGCGGUGCGCGAAUAUCGUACGCCAGCCAGGAGCCGUGGCUGUUCGUUGCUACCGUGCGUCAGAAUAUUCUAUUUGGACUACCCUACGAUCGCGUGCGUUACAAAAAGGUGGUAUCGGCAUGUGCAUUACUUCGUGAUUUUGAGUUGCUGCCGACUGGCGACGCAACAUUGGUGGGUGAACGAGGCAUCAGUUUGAGCGGAGGGCAACGCGCCCGUAUUGGUCUAGCCCGAGCUUGCUACAGACAGAUUAUAUCUUAUGAUUAA